AUGAAUGCCCUCUUCCAUGAGAUGAUUCACGAGAUAAAGGCUGCUCAUGUGUUGUUAGGUAGAUCGUGGCAAUUUGAUAGAAAAAUCAAUUUUGAUGGAAUGAAGAACACUUAUGUGUUUCACAUGGAUGGAGUUAGAUAUGUCUUGUCUCCUUUGGCUCCUAAACAGGUGGAAGAAAUACUAUUGAAAUCUAGGAAGGCAUCAAAAGAGGCGAAAUCAGUGACAUCUUCCCCCUAUCCAAAAUCAAAGCCUCCACCUCCUCCAAUAUCCCUUUCCACGCCAUUUUCAUCUCAAAACACAGCAAAGGAAUCACCACAUCAGCCCUCUCUUCUUGCAACAAAAAAUGACAUAAAGAAGGCAAUAAGAAAGGGAAACACGUUUCUGUUACUUUUCAUUCAUAAGCUUACCUCUGAUCUUGAUUCUUCUCUUGUGUUACACUCUGAAUCUUGUUUUCGUAAUGCCUCUAUUGAUGAAUUGCUUGCUGAUUUUUCAGAUUUAUUCCCUAAAGAUAUGCCAAAAGGAUUGCCACCACAUAGAGGGAUUGACCAUCAAAUCGACUUUGUCAUUGGAUCUACCUUGCCAAACCGACCAGCCUACAAAACCAAUCCCAUGGAAGCAAAGGAAAUCCAGAAAUAG